GAUGAGGAAUUCGCAUUUCCAGGCAGCGAUUUUCCCUCUCGCCAGUGUUUUACAUCCUCGUGUGUGCCCGUUGUGGUAAUUAUCGACCACUGCCGCUGCAAGGGACUCACCGGAAACCCUCCGAGGGCCGUAACAGGCAGAGUUUUCCUCGGCACGGAGGCCUGAUCCCCUCGACAUUCUUCUUCUUCUUCCCUCCCCUCUGUCAGCUGUCACUGCACUGUCUGUGUGACUGUCAAUUGUCAAUCGGUAUUCCUCUGCAUACUGCAGACAUUUAUCUCAAAAUGGCUGAAAAAGAGCCUACCGAUGUCGAAUCCAACCAACACCCCGAGAAACCCCCUCUGACCCUUUCCCGACGGUUGAAGCAGCCCGUCUCCGCCUCGUACGCUGACCUCGUCUGUCUGCUCUGCUGCUUCAUCACCGGUCUCUGUGACAGCAGCGCCUACAAUGCCUGGUCUUGCUUCUUGGGCAUGCAAACAGGAAACACCGUCUUCCUCGGCCUAGGCGCCUCCGGCCAACCCAGCAACAAACCCUGGGGCUGGCUCAAAUCCCUCGUCUCGAUCGUAUCCUUCUUCACCGGCGCCUACCUCUUCGCCACGGUCACGCGUAUCGUCGGCGCCCGCCGUCGCGGAACCCUCUUCACCUCCUUUACCAUCCAAGGCAUCCUGGUCAUUAUCGCGGUCGCGCUCAUCGAAGCAGACCUCAUCCCCCACACCUCCGCCGACGCGACCCUCACCGGCGGCCGUCUCUUCCUCGAACUCAUUCCCAUUGCCCUCCUCGCCUUCCAAUCCGCCGGCUCGAUGGCUUCGAGUCGCGCGCUGGGCUUUAACGAAAUCCCCACCGUCGUGCUGACAAGUGUAUAUUUCGAUAUCGCCUCGGACCCGAAGCUGGCUGAUGUCCCGACGACCAACCCCAAGCGGAACCGUCGCAUUGGAGCUGUGGUGACGUUGGCGAUUGGAGCGAUUGUGGGCGGGUGGUUGAGCAAGAGUAGUGGGGGGAUGCAGGCUGCGUUGUGGAUGUCUGCUGGAUUGAAGUUUUGCAUUGGACUCGGAUGGUUGGUGUGGGCUGCUGAUGAGAAAUAGAUAGAGGAUAAAAUGGGAAGAGAGGAGAGGAGAUAUAGAUUGUAUACCCAUAGACACUUAGACUGCAGAUUAAUUACAUACUUUCACAUGUUUACAGAUUAUCAGGAGGCCUUACCAGCAUACAAGACCAAUAGUCUCGGCAUCCUAUACAUAAACUACACCUACACCUACAAAUCAACCAAGAUACCCAAAAGAAUGACUAUUAAUCA